AUGACGCGAGACGGCCAAGACUGCACUGGUGGUACGGACACGGAGAGGGGUGCAGAUGAGAUAGGAUGGGAGAGGGGAGAGGGAGGGGACGAAGACAAUUUUCUCCUCGCGGCCUGCUGCCUCCUAGGUACCGUCAUAUCUACGAUCCGCCAAGCUGAGCCAGAAAGAUUAAAGAAAGAGAAAUGA